CAGCGGUAAAAUGAAAUCGACUUUAUUUUUGAUAGUUUGUAUAACUUUUCAAAAAAUUUAUGUUGCUUUUAAUACUCAAGAAGGAGGCGUUAAUAUUUCAUUUAACGUCACACGUAUGUCAACAUGUCGGACGGAAAAAGAUAUGUUUCGUCGAAUUUUAGGAGUAGGACUUCCGAACUGCGUGAGAGAGUGUGGCUUACGAUCGCAUUGUGAAGCUUUGUGCUAUAGGAGAAAGUUGCAAAUUUGUGAUUUAUUUACAACAAGCGACGGAGGAAAACUUAGUAACGGAGACUGCAUCUUUAUUGCGAGAUCUGAGAUAAAGAUUGAAAAGACACCGUGUGGGGUUUGCCCUCAUGGGAAAGAUUGUGACAUAAAUUCUAAAGUCUGCAUUUUUAAAGAAUGCUCAAGAAUGGAGAUAAACAAUGGUGUGGUUCUCGGAAAUGUUAAUACCAGAGGGAGCACUGUCCGGUACAAAUGUAACAAUGGAUACAGGGACAUGUCAAGACUAAAGACUGGUAUCUGUCAAGAGGAUGGUACAUGGAAUAUGAGUGCCAACUGCAAAAAAGAGGUGAUAUUAAAAGACUGUUCCGAAGUAAAAGAGUGUAACUCGUCUUACGCUGAUGGAGAGUACUGGUUAUUUCCUGAUGUUCUUGAAGGGCAUAAAGUCAAAAUAUUCUGCUCAGGAAUGUCAACAUCGUCGCCGUCUGAAUACAUAUCAGUUGACCAAGACCAUAACUAUGGCUUUGAUGCCGGAGCAAUUAACACUGUCGAAAUGUUGACAAGAUACAUGAAAAUACGUGUCAAUGUGAAGACAAUGGAGAUUGAUUGUAGGGAUACCACAUUUACGGAUCCGCCUUCUUCGAGCUUUCAUUAUGCAAGAGCUUCUGGCUGCAAAUGUCGUGGCGGAUGUCAGCCAUAUCAAGGAUAUUUCAACAUAUCUACAGUAGGAACUGGACUGAGAUUUAACGAUGAGGUGAUAUUCAUUCACAAAAUAUGCAUGUCUGAAAUAGCAGAUUAA